ACUCUGUUACAACCGCAAUCUGUUGUCUCUUGCCUAGUAUUAGUUGUGAACCUAUUGUUUUUACUUCUAGUUUUCUCUUGUAAAAAAUAAACUUUUGUUUCAAAGCUAGCGUUGUCACACUGCAUUUUGAGUUAAGUUGGCCGCUUUGCUGCCUCUGCUUUCCCUUCCAGACUGGGCUGUCAAAGCGCUGGAAAGAAAUGUUCCCUCAAUCCUGCGGAUGGCUAAAGGGAUGGAUCUGCAAAUACAGAGAAGGCUUUGCAGCAAGCCCCGGGAAGAGAGUCAGCCUCAGCCACGGAGUCGAUCUACUUUAAGGGUACCUGGACACAAGCCUACAGACUGGGAGAAAAGGUUUUUGUUGUGGGCAGGCCAUGUCAAAAAAGCAGAGGAUAUACCAGAGACUGUCUCGAUUGAAACAAUCAGAGCAGCAAAGACCACACUGCGUGUGAAGUUCAGCUAUGUAAUGAUUGCAUUGACAGUAGUGGGCUGCGUAAUCAUGGUGAUUAGAGGGAAGCAGGCUGUGAAAAGGCAUGAAUCUCUUACAAGCAUAAACUUGGAGAAGAAAGCUCAAUGGAGAGAGGAAGCUGCUCAGAGUACAUCUGCUAAACCCUAGAAGAGGAGAAAAGAAAGAGACCAAGGACUGGGGAAGAAACAAUGUCCUUUACAGCACUGGGAGGAGGAUAUAGUUGUAUGUUCCCUGUAUGUUAGUUCUGUACUUGCAUUCAAGAAAGAAUGAAUACAUUAUCUUGUAACCAUUAAAAACUGAAACAUCUGUUUUCUUCCUGA